GGGUUCUGCUGCUGUCGGUCCAGUAAAAUACAGUAACAACAAGAAGGAUGCUAGGGCACCCUGUGAAAACAAAAAUAGAUUGGUCCGUCGCGCCAUCAAGGUCAGCGACACGGCCCACGCGGACCCUACUCUUCUCCUUGUUCCGUGAGAUCCGCGGUCGCGCUCUACAACGGCAUGAUCCGGGGUUGCGCUUACCAUGGGGCCGCACGAGCGCGCGCUGGAGCUGCUCGCCGAAAUGCCGCGCCGCCGCCGUGUCCGUUUUGUUUUUCCCCAUAAGAAAUAGAAUAUCCAAUCGAAUUGUCAAGUGCUACCUGAUUUGAAAAUGUUUUUCCCUCUAGGAUGAUCUGAUUUCAGAUCUCACCAGAAGAAGCACUACCUGGUUAUUGGAAUCCAAAAAUUUUUAUGUACUGUUUUGAUCAGUGAAAUUCACACUUCGCUAGUCCAACAAGCUGACAGGAACGGGUUCUAGACGGAUCGGACGGCACACGAUAACAGCUGCCGGUGUCCCGGACCAUCCUGUCCAUCCCUCUAUAAACGGAGCCCUGUCCAGUUGUGAUCGAGACCCCUCGCAACCGCCGGCCGAUUCGAGCAGCGCCCCAGCAGCCUCUGCUCCGCUGCCUCUGGCGACCGCCGGAGCCCGAGGAGGAGGAGGAGGGAAGAUCUCGCUCGAUCCAAGGAGGUGAGUACAAGAUGGUGAGCUCCUCGUCGCCGGUGGUCAACGUGUACCCGCUCGCCAACUACACGUUCGGCACCAAGGAGCCCAAGAUGGAGAAGGACACCUCCGUCGCCGACCGCCUCGCCCGUAUGAAGGUCAACUACAUGAAAGAAGGAAUGCGUACAAGUGUUGAAGCAAUCCUAUUGGUGCAAGAGCACAACCAUCCUCACAUACUGCUCCUGCAAAUCGGUAAUACAUUCUGCAAACUUCCUGGUGGACGGUUGAAGCCUGGAGAAAAUGAAAUCGAGGGUUUGAAAAGAAAGUUAUGCAGCAAACUUGCUGUGAACUCGCCUUCCUUUCCACCUAACUGGCAGGUUGGAGAGUGCGUUGCUGUGUGGUGGAGGCCGAACUUUGAGACUGUGAUGUAUCCUUACUGUCCUCCACAUAUCACUAAGCCCAAGGAGUGCAAGAAACUUUUCAUUGUUCACCUAUCCGAAAGAGAGUAUUUUGCUGUUCCAAGGAAUCUGAAACUGCUUGCUGUUCCACUGUUUGAACUCUACGACAAUGUUCAGGAAUUUGUCAAGAUUUGUUUCUGAAACUUGUUUCCUGUACAUUGAUGUGCAGAGGUACGGGCCUGUCAUCUCUACCAUCCCGCAGCAGCUUUCUAGGUUCCAGUUCAACAUGGUUAGCUCUUAGGGUGAUGAUACAAGAAAACCAAUGUGGCCAAGGCAGCUCUUCGGUUGCUGAGCUAGCUGAUCAACGUACCCUGACUGAUUUUAUUUCAUUGUGCUGGAUUUUUUUAUAUAGACUACUACUAUCUAGACAUGCAUUUCUGAUUGUAUUGUUGUUGAAUUAUCCUGUUAUGUCGCAUCCCAUGGGCAGAUCCAGUCUAGGAUAUGUACACCUGAUAACUUAGUUAAAAAAAAGAAAAGAAAACCGAAGGUAGUGUGUGUAUAGAUCGUACUGUAGUAUGCAUGUAACCGGAUCAGAUCCGUUUUCAGGUAGAUUGCUCUAGGUUGGGUUAUUUAUUGCAUUAAUUGCACAAGCUAGAUGCCAUGUGUACUAUUGUCGAAAAGGGGUUGCAGGUCAACCUUGCGUAGAUGUUAAAUGCAGUCUCAAAUAUUUUAUCCGAAGGUGUGUUCUAGUACUGGCAUGCCAUUGAUUACGUCA